UGAACUUUAACCCUAACCCUAAAUAUUGUAAUGCGGAAUCAGACAAUUGGAUUUGUCCUUUCUGGACUGUCGGACCUUCCCUCUCUUCAGCUCCCUCUGUUUUUAUUUUUCCUUCUCAUCUACCUUCUGACAAUAAUCUGGAAUCUGCUGAUCAUCUCCCUCAUAGUCUCCGACUCUCACCUCCACGUUCCUAUGUAUUUCUUCCUUGGGAACCUGGCCGGUUUGGACCUCUGUUGUUCUUCAGUCACCGGCCCCCGAAUGUUAUUUGACCUUCUCACCAAGACAAGGAAUAUUACAAUAAUGGCUUGUAUAACCCAAGUCUUCUGCUUUUUAUCCUUUGCUGCCUCUGAGAUUUUUCUUUUGGCUGUCAUGUCCUAUGAUCGAUAUACCGCCAUUUGUCAGCCAUUACAUUACUCACAGAUCAUGAGUUGGAAAGUGUGUGUACAGUUGGCCUCCACUGUCUGGUGUCUUGGUUUUGCCUAUUCUUUGGUUCACACACUUUGUGCCUUAAGAUUAUCAUUCUGUGGCUCACAUAUUAUAGAAAGCUUCUUUUGUGACCUGCCCCAGUUGUUUCAGAUCUCCUGCAGUGACAUCUACACCAACAUUCUUCUCAUCUUUCUCUUGGGUGGGUUCAUUGGAGUUGGGUCUCUAAUACUGACCAUCUUCCCCUAUGUCUAUAUAUUCAAAACUGUCCUGAAAAUGAAAGUUAAAGGUAAAAGGAGUAAAGUUUUCUCUACAUGUAGUUCUCAUCUGACUGUGGUCUUCGUAUUUUAUUUCUCAGUUUUUUUUAAUUAUCUUCGCCCGAGCACUAAUAAUCAUUUUGCUGCUGAUAAAGUGGUGUCUGUCUUUUACACCACGAUUGUCCCUCUCUUCAAUCCUCUGAUCUACAGUCUGAGGAACCAAGAUAUCAGAAAAGCCUUUCACAAUGUUUUUUUACAGAAGAGUCUUCCACCUUCCACCUGAAAUACAGACCCCGCCUAAGCUAAACCCUUUAUUAAAAGAAAUUAGAAAGAUACAGCUAAAUAAAACUUAUUUAAUUAUUAAAAGUAUUUUUUUUAGAACAUCAA